GGAAAAAUAAUAGCAGUUGAAGAGGCAGCAGUUGUUGUCUCAGCUUUGCUUACUAGAGACACAAAAACCUGAGGGAAGUUAGGCCAACGGUUAGCUUCUCUCAAAGUUUCCCUCUUUCCAUUCACUUGGAAUCAAAGCAAAGGUUUUUUUCAGUUGAUUCUUGGUCACCAUCUCAAACCCAACUUCACCUUCCCCUCUCUUUCUCAAUCCUUCUCCAUAUUUCAUUCAAAUCCCUAUAUACUUAAAUACCCACCUCGGUUUCCCUGCUUUUUCAGGCUUGUUUCCUUUUUGGGGGUUAAUAAUUCCUGGUGAACGCGUGGUUCUUUAUUGGUUUCUGAGGUAUUAUAUUUAGUUGGUGUCCCCCCCUAUAUUUGUGCUUUGUUUGAAGUACAUGUUUUGACAGUAUUUAGAAGUUGGUGAGCUGUGACUAGCAAGUUGGGUAUGGCUGCCUCCAGAGCUAUUCCUGCAGAUAUAUAAGCUUAUGGAACUUGUUCAUUAGUUUUGGAGUAGUUGUAAUCAUGAAUACUCGUCAUUCGUUUCAACCGGAUUCAUUGUGUAAUUCGAGCACUGCGGCUCCGUUUUCGUCGAAUCCUACUGGAGAAGAAGAUGGAGUGGCUGCAGGUUCCCGGAGCAGGUCUCCUCGUGCCGCGUCUUCUUCGAUUUUGAUAAGGAUGGUGAUGAGGAUGUCUAGAGCAAGGUGGUUUACCUUCUUGAGGAGAGUUUUUCACUACCAGAAUGGAUCGAGGUCCGACCUCGGGUCCAAUCCUUUCAAUUCCAGCACUUGGAUGAUGCUGGAGUUCUUGGCUUUAGUAAUUCAGAUUAGCGUCAUCACAUUCACUUUGGCCAUUGCAAAGAAGGAGAAGCCUGUUUGGCCUAUGAGGAUAUGGAUUGUUGGCUAUGAUAUUGGUUGUGCCCUUAGUUUGUUACUUCUUUACGGGCGCUACCAUCAUCUUCACAUCACUCAAGGAGACGGUUUUGGCCUUGCCGACGUAGAACAACAGAGGACAAAUGAAGAAUCGAGGAGCACACAUUUGAUGAACAAGUGCCGGACAUCACUAGAACUGUUCUUUGCAAUAUGGUUUGUGAUGGGGAAUGUAUGGGUGUUCGAUUCUCGAUUCGGAUCCUUCCAACGAGCUCCAAAUCUUCACGUGCUUUGCAUCUCUUUGCUAGCUUGGAAUGCUCUGUGCUACUCUUUCCCAUUUCUGUUGUUCCUACUUCUGUGUUGUUGUGUGCCACUUAUUAGCAGCCUCUUAGGUUACAACAUGAACAUGGGUUCCACUGAUAGAGGAGCAUCUGAUGAUCAGAUCUCCGGGCUACCUAGUUGGAGAUACAAAGAAAUCAGCACCAACUCGGAGCUAGAUCACAAUUCGGACCACACAAACGAAGAUCCAGAGUGCUGUAUUUGCCUAGCCAAGUACAAAGACAAAGAAGAGGUGAGGCAGUUGCCAUGUUCCCACAUGUUUCACCUCAAGUGUGUGGAUCAAUGGCUCAGGAUUAUAUCUUGCUGUCCACUUUGCAAACAAGAACUGGAGAGAUAGAAACAAAGAGAGCAAAUACCAGAGCUGAAAAAGCUCUUCUCUUCUUCAUUAUAUUUUUCCCUUCCGUUCACUAUGGUGUGAUUUAUUUUAUUUGUAUACGGUACAUUCGCAAAGGUUACUUAGAGUGAGUUUAUUGUUUUGUACAGUGGAUGCUCACCAGUAACCAACUUUUUUUCCUUUUUGGCUGAAAUUUUUAUACUGUUUCUGGGAAUAUGUAUAGCAGAAAGAAUCAAGAAUGAAGAUUUUAAUUUUGGUUAAUACCCCAAACUUUCUACAUAACUUUAUCAAUUCAUGCUGUAAAAUAAUGAGUAUAAUAAAUUGCUAAUCAA